CUGCCGCUCCGCGCUGGUGUCUCGCAGCGGCGCGGGCGAGCCGUGUAAGUGCGGGGGCCGGGGAGCCUGCCUGCCAGCCGCCGAGGGCUUUGCAUGUGGGGGCUGCCGCGCUUGGGAGGAAGGAGCUGAGCGAGGAAGCCGCCUGGCUCGGGGAGUUUUUCGCGGAGAGAGACGAUUCCUGAAGAGCUGAGGUGACUUCACGUACGGCCACACUGUCCCUGUAGAAAGGCCGUAGCUGGACACGUCACGUUUUGGACCAUGGGGAGCAGCAAGAGCAAACCCAAAGACCCCAGCCAGAGGAGGCGCAGCCUGGAAUCUGCCGAGAACACCCACCAUGGUGGCUACCCUUCCUCUCAAACGCCCAGCAAGACGCCUGUCCCCGACGCCCAUCGGACCCCCAACCGCUCCUUUGGGAGCAUGGCAGCUGAGCCAAAGCUCUUCGGAGGCUUCAAUACGUCCGACACUAUCAUGUCCCCGCAGCGCUCGGGGGCUUUAGCUGGUGGAGUCACCACCUUUGUGGCCCUCUACGACUACGAGUCACGGACAGAAACAGACCUUUCCUUCAAGAAAGGGGAGCGCCUCCAAAUUGUCAACAACACGAGAAAAGUGGAUGUCAGCCAGACUUGGUUCAAAUUCAGAUGGCUCCAAAGGGAAGGAGACUGGUGGCUGGCUCACUCCCUCACAACAGGACAAACGGGCUACAUCCCCAGUAACUAUGUCGCACCCUCAGACUCCAUCCAGGCUGAAGAGUGGUAUUUUGGCAAGAUCACUCGCCGGGAGUCAGAGCGGCUCCUGCUCAAUUCUGAGAACCCCCGAGGAACCUUCCUGGUGAGGGAGAGUGAAACCACCAAAGGUGCCUACUGCCUCUCGGUCUCUGACUUUGACAAUGCCAAGGGGCUCAACGUGAAACACUACAAGAUCCGCAAGCUGGACAGCGGUGGCUUCUACAUCACCUCCCGCACGCAGUUCAACAACCUGCAGCAGCUGGUGGCGUAUUACUCCAAACAUGCUGAUGGCUUGUGCCACCGUCUCACAAACGUGUGCCCAACUGCCAAGCCCCAAACGCAAGGACUUGCUAAGGAUGCUUGGGAAAUCCCCAGGGAGUCUCUGCGACUGGAGGUGAAACUGGGCCAAGGCUGCUUUGGAGAAGUGUGGAUGGGAACCUGGAAUGGCACCACCCGGGUGGCCAUAAAGACUCUGAAACCUGGCACCAUGUCUCCAGAGGCAUUUCUGCAGGAGGCCCAGGUGAUGAAGAAACUCCGUCAUGAGAAGCUGGUUCAGCUGUAUGCGGUGGUGUCGGAGGAGCCCAUUUACAUUGUAACGGAGUACAUGAGCAAAGGGAGCUUACUGGAUUUCCUGAAGGGGGAGAUGGGCAAGUAUCUGCGGCUGCCCCAGCUGGUGGACAUGGCGGCUCAGAUCGCAUCUGGAAUGGCAUACGUGGAGAGGAUGAACUACGUCCAUCGGGAUCUCCGAGCUGCCAACAUCCUGGUGGGGGAAAACCUGGUGUGCAAGGUAGCCGACUUCGGCUUGGCCCGGUUGAUUGAGGACAAUGAAUACACGGCCAGGCAAGGUGCCAAGUUCCCUAUUAAGUGGACAGCCCCGGAAGCUGCUUUGUAUGGCAGGUUUACGAUCAAGUCAGAUGUCUGGUCCUUUGGAAUCCUAUUGACUGAGCUGACCACGAAGGGCAGAGUGCCAUACCCAGGUAUGGUUAACCGGGAAGUGCUGGACCAGGUGGAACGUGGCUACCGGAUGCCGUGUCCUCCAGAGUGCCCUGAAUCGCUGCACGAUCUGAUGUGCCAGUGUUGGAGGAAGGACCCAGAGGAAAGGCCCACCUUCGAGUACCUUCAGGCUUUCUUGGAGGACUACUUCACGUCAACAGAGCCCCAGUACCAGCCGGGCGAGAAUCUAUAGACGUGGGGAUGGCUCCUGGUGCCAAAGACCUUGCUCUCCUCCUGGUGUGUCCAUGCACAUGUCACAAGACACACGGCAUCUCAGGAACUCCUUGCAGAGUCUGGGUCUGGUGACUAGCCCUUCUCCCAGAGGGUGGGACUGGUGCUUUUUAGCCCUGCAAAGUGGAGGGGGCUGGGUUCUCCUGAUCACGAAUUACUGAUUUAUGGUCUGUGUUUAACAAAGUGUGGCCAUUUGACCUGGAGAUGAGUCUGAAGGGAAUUGACUGCGUGCAGUGACUGGAGGUUGGAGAAGGAGCCUUUCCAGAAGAAACCCAGGAGCGAAGAUCUGUGCAGAAGCUGGAGGGGCCUUCAGGAGUCUUCCUCCUAGUAGUUCUGAAGUGCAAUGAAAGGCAUUAUACAAUCUCUGCCUAACAGUGACCUUGGCUUCCUUGCAGCCUGCCUCUCACUGGAGCGCUUGGCUCUGCUGGGACUGGAUGCUAGUGCUAUAGAUUGACAACUUUCAAUCUCCGAUCACGCAGCUUCCAGCCUCUCUUUUCUUUUAAACUAGCACAAGGUUCCUCCCAUACCUCUCUGCUCCCUACCCGUUCCCAGAGCAGACUUGGCUGCAGUUCGCUACAGGAAUGUUUGUGGUAUCAGACUGAGAGACUCUUCCAGAGAGAACGUUCACAUUUCAGUGCUCACAUGACUCGGUCUCCACUGCCCCAUCCUGCUGGUGUAUAGGCUGUGGCAUUGGGACACUAGCACCAGCCCCCUUCCCUGAUGCAGGUCCCAGGCACAUGUGAGUUUGGAUCAGGGAUGCUGACUGUGCCAUAGAGACCUGGAGGCUCUUGAGGUGAUUCUUCUCCCCAGACAAGGUUCUACUGGAGAGCUAGAAGGACUUCAUGGCCACGUUGCACAUGCGGCUGCAUUAGUAUUCAGUGUUGCUACUCAUGGGUCCAGUGACUUCUGACUUGUAUCAGGACCACGUUAGAUCAUGAGCUGCAGGUUUCUGUCUUCCAGUCUCGUCUGACCCAGCGAAGGGAACCUUGUAAUCUUGAUGACUACUUCUUAGAGACACACUAAGGCAAAUGCCAAUGGGGCAGGAUACCCCUCCUUUUUCUUACCUUUGCUGCCAAUCCCCUAUUGAUUUGAGGGGUAUUCGUCAACGAAGUACCCCUGGUCUUCCAGCCAGCACCCUAAGCAGCUCACCUGGGGAACACCCAGCCAGACCCUCCUGCCUCUCCUCAUUCCACUCAUUCAGAUGCAUCUUAGUUUACUGCAAGGUUUUUAGUGCCAGAGAAGCAGGGGCGGUCAUUCUUGGGACACUUUGGUGUCAGCUCUGCCACAGUCAGGAAAGCCUCUGCCCAGAAAAGGGUUCUUUGUGUCUGAAUCAAGGCCUGAUGUGGAGCUAGCUUCUUACCUAAGGUAAUGGGGCCCUGGCCAUGCCCCACUGUCCUAUUCUCCGCAGGCUGCUGAGCUUGGGAGAAUCCCGGGAGUGCAUCACCCACUCCAUGGGGGUGUGGUUUCAAGAACUACUUAUGGAUGCAUUCAGGGUGGAGGUGAAAUCUCCAUUCUGCCUGAGAGCCGAGGGGCCUCCCCCUCCGUCUUCGCUCCAUAAUUGAUCUUGAGCUACCAGGGGGCGUCACCUAAACUCCAAACCUUGCCUAAAAGUUAAAACUCUGGAUUCUGCUGCUUUAGCCUAGCUUCCAUGGCUGUUUUCCCUGGGUGCGGGUGAGGGUCUGAGAAAGGGCUUCUGCGGGGAAGAUCACUAGUUCAGUGCUUCCACUCAACCCCAGGCUUCAGCAGCUGGAGCUGAGCUCUUCUGGAAUCCUGGUGAGAUCUUUGCACCUGCCCUGUGUGCAGUGUGGCAAGGUAGGGAAGCAACCUCCUUGCCUCAUCGUGUAUUGGAAUCUGGCCUCGUGGUGCCCUUGCUGCAAACUGGCCUCGGGCCCAUGAAUGCAGAAAUCAGGCAAAAUCUGUUCCAAGCCUUGGUGGGGAAAGGGAGGAGGAAGGGCCUGAUUCUCUAAGGUGCUAAGAGCCCUCACUUCCCACUGAAAUCCUUGGGAGUUCAGGUUGCUCAGCACUCUCUAGGAUUGGAUCUAGGUACUUUCUUCAGCAAACAGCUUGUUGCUCGCAGUUAACGUGCUCUGAUGGUGCAUGAGUGGCUUCCGUGUGUAUUUAUGCAGCCACGUGGCAGAGGCUACCUUGACAGCAGUUGACACACAAGUGGCUGGUUGUAUUUUUCAUCAGGCUUGUGAAUAAACAGUAGACUUAAGUUUGCAAGCUUUGCCCUGUGUGUGUAUAUAGUUAUUAAAAUCUCUAAGGAAUCCCUUCUUGCCAGAUCACUACUGAUCUUCUCUUCUGCUGUUUCCUCAGGUGGAAAGAGCUGGUGGAAGGCAGAUUCAGACACCACUUCUAGCUCAAGCUGCUGUCAAGGGGGGUGGGUUUCUGGUGACCCUUACCCUGAUAGAGAAGCUAAUAGGCCAUCAACAGCCAAGUCAGUCAUGGUGCAGGAGAGAUUACAGUAGCCACGGGUCAAGACACAACUCUCCAUCUGCUCUUAGCUGCCAGGGAGAACAGGCAGCUGGAUGGAUUGUAUGCAGGGCGGUAAGAGCUGGGCUGGCCCAGUACUUGGUUUCAGGUCAUUAGUUGCACUCUAGGACAACACUGCAAAUGAAUGAUCUGUGUCUCAGAUACUGGUCCCAAACGGACAAGGGAGGAAUGCUGGGCUGAGAUCUGCGGCAGGGAGUGUUAAAAUGGAGAGUGAGCCUGGCCUUUCAGUGAAAGUGCUAAGCAGAAAACCUACUCUCUUCAGUGAGGGAGGAAGGGAACCCCAACUCUUGUUAACUCCAGACUGUCAUGGGGCUCUAUAUCAAUAUGGUGCCCUAAUGCAGCUGUGUGCUGGCAGCGCACACCCCUGUGUUGGAGGUGAGGCCUAAGCCCUGCCACAGGAACAGGCAUCUCAUUUCUCUUUUUGCUGCAGAAGAAAGGCUUCUUGCUGCUCAGCAGCAUUUUUUCCCCCUUUGGGGUAGAUCUGGAAUGUCAGAAUGCAAGAGACAGGGAGGUGGAAUAGCAAAUGGUGCCCAUAUGGGCUAAGUGUCAUUAAUGGGCAGGUGCUGUGCCAAAGACAGGAGAGAACACAAAAGACACUGCCCCAUGCUUGGCCAAGGCAGCUGGCUGGUCUUCGGUCCAGGUCUCCAGAUGUGCCGGGUGAGAUCCCACCUGCUCAGUCCUGAAGGGUUUCUUCAUUCUAAAUGAGUUCCAGUCAUAAAGCCCCAUGUGGUGCUGGCCUGUCCUUGGAGCAGGAUUGAGAUGCACUUGGCCAACCUCUAGAAGGGAGGGCGCUCAGUGGGGUGGGGAGGUAGAAAGGGGCUGCAGGACUGCCCUUUCCUACGUCACAUACAGGGGCUGGAGAUGCUUCUGAGUUUGACCAUUUUAUAUGACCCAUCUUGCCCUGCCUUCACCUCAUGAUGGAUGAUUCUUUAAACAAACUCUAAAACCCAAGCAGCCACUGAAGCCCUAUUUAAAUCACCUCUUUCUAGCAAAGUUACGCUGUUCAACUGGAGCAGCCCAGCAGCUUUCUGUGGGGUAAUGGCUUCUUAAAAGGGAGAACUUCUAAUGAGCUGUAAAAUAGCCUGGUUUUGUACAUAGCCCUUGAGUCGCCUGGGUGCUCACCCAGAGCCCCCGGUUGAAUUAGUUGCAUGUGUUUUUUCUAAGGUAACUCUCGUGUCUGCAUUGGAUGUAACUGGAAUUCUUUGCCGUUUGCCCGCAAGGCUUUGGUUAUUGUCAUUACUCGCUCGUUUUUGUAUUUUUGGAUGCUUUUCAGUGUGCCAGUAAUCCCCACGGACCGAACCCCUUUGGCAGCUGAGGGACUGUGCUCCAAGCCCAACCUGUGAGGAAUGCAUGGUCUAAGCAGGCCAAAGAGUUUAGCUGUCUCAAACAAGUGCUGUCCUAACUGCUUCCUUUAGGUGGCAUCUGGCCUGUGGGGUGCUUUGGCACACUGGCUGAGAGUGACCCCUGACCCUCUGUUCUCCAGAACUACAGGCUGGCAUCAUGGUUCAAAAUGAUCCAUUCUGCCCAAGGCUGGGUUUGGUCUGGCUCAGCUGCCCGUUCUUGAUGCAGAGGAGAACUACUUUUCUGGGGAGUGUUGGGCAGGCACAAAUCCUUCCCCUGGAGAAAUGGGGAGUGAAAUCUCAGAAGCACAUGAGAUUAAAAAAACCCUAGAAAAGCAUGCGGCACAGCCACGCAUGACCUUGAAAGUGGACUCAAGUGAUUGAUUCUGAUGUGCUUCCUCCAGUCCCCGACCACCCCAGCCUGUGGAGCAAAGUGGGCUUUGGUAUUUUCCAUACAUUUUCUUCCAUCAUGGCCCUAACGCUUUUUCCAUGUUGGGAUCGUUCCCCAUCUUUAGGGCAAUUGAGCCAAACCUCCACUAGGUGCCAGGUCCAUGUGUAUCACAACUGCAAGUUGCAGAAAUGUCUUGGCAGUUGUGGUGAAUCCCCCAGGUGGAGCUAGUGGGGUGAGAGAAGUGCAUACAGGGACAUGACUGGCUGCAUGUGGGCUAAAUCCUCUUUCCACUGCCAUCUGUGCCAAAACUCCAGUUGGUUUCAAUGGGAUCUGUCCUUCAGUCCCCUGUACCCCUGCCUGAUCAUAAUACAAUGCAAGCAACCUUGGGAGAUAUUCUAACAGUGCUGCUAUUAUAGAUCCGCUUUAACUCGCGUAUCUUGUCUGUAUUGCUGAUAUGCCUUUGUGAUUAAAAAUCAUUAGGGUCAAAAAACUAGGUGGAGUGUGACUCCAUCCUGGCUUUGUAGAGUCUUUUUAAAGCCGCCUUCUCCUGAGCUCUUGCAGCCACGUACAGAUCCCACUGAAAUCCAGGACACAACUCCCAUUAACUGAGGUGGCACCAGCCUUGGCCUCUUAGAAUAAAACCCUCCCCGUCCAGCAGGGGAGAAGCAGGUGCAGAGGGAUGAGGUCAUUAUCUUCCCAACCUAUCCCCUCAAAAGUGGCUAGAAAUCGAGCUUUACUGGCAUUCUCUUCCAAACCUGGGCAUGGUGGGAGGGAUAGUUCAUUUUCUCCCAGAGCUGCUGGGACCCAAAUGAGAAUCUUCCUUUUAGGCAUUCCUUCCCCCAGGAGCUCAGGGAAAAUGGGACUGAUGAAAACACAAACCUGGCCCUGCAUUUCUCUUAUUUAUUAAACCUGUUUUUUUUUUCUCUCUCUCUCUCUCUAAAAGGCUGAGUUUCCACUCAUCUCCAAGAAAAGUUCCUACCUUUCUUGGUUAGAAUGUUAAUUUUCUGUAUUCUUUUAAGUAAAUUUUGGACUAAAAGGUCCUUCUGCACAGCAUAAAAGUUGCCGUGUCUAGAUUUCUGCAUUCAUGAGCAGGGACUCUGGGUCCCUUUUUCAUGUUCUGUGGUUUUUUGCAUAUGUUGAGCAGUUGUGGAGAAAUCCUAAUUACUAGCAAGAUCAGAUUCCUGCCCCUUCCCUUUUUUUUUUUUUUUUUUUUUGGUAAGGUUUCUAACAUGCAAAGAAAGUGUGUGUGUGUGUGGGGAAUUAAGUGUGUGUUGUGCCAAUGAUGCUUGUAUAAUUUACAUGAUAUAUCUUUAAACACCUACCACAAAGGAGAAAUUGUUGCUUCAGAAACAAAAAUUGGAAUAUGCUGAAGAACAGCAGGCCGAUGGGAGCUGGAGAGGAGGCGGCACUGGAAGAUGUACAUACUGAAAAGACUCUUUUUUUUUUUUAAUAUGUACAUUUUUCAAAGGAAGAUUAGGGAACAAAAUGACUUAAACAUGGAUUAUUUCCAGCUCUGUCUGAUUUUACUACAGCUGGUGUAGCAAUAAUGAGUAUUAAUAAUUUAAGUGAACACGAGAUGCUCUCGUUCCCUGUCUUUGGCAAGCUUUGAAGAAGAGUAGAGCAGGAUUCUUUGAAUUCUUUUUUGUCCCAGGUUCAGAGUAAACCCCUCUUCAUUGUGCAUGAUCUAGAGUGUGGUAGAGCAGGGUGACCCUCCUGUGUGUGGACACGAGAGAACCUAGGGUCUGUUAUUCUUAGGGCUGGAUACUGGCAUUGGAACUGACUAAUACUUGCAGGCAGCAGGAUGGACAGACUGUGUGUUUUGCCAAUUUUAUUUUUUAAGCCAAUAAACUAAAGAGGAGUCUCUUUACCUAGUGAGUCUGAUGCUCUUUGGCAUUGAUUCAGGGAAAUAACACCGUACAAGGUAUUCUUCUGUUAUUGUAACUUGUUAAGUGUUUUGUAAAAUUUCCGGCUGCUGACUAUGCAGAGAACAUGGUGAUCUGCCUGUCUUCCCUGUUCCCCACCCCACUGCCUUUUGAGUAUCUAACUAUCUAGUUCACCCCCCUUGCCUUUUUUUCUUUUUUUUUUUUUUUGAUAAAAAAACAUUUUGGAAAAACCUAAAGUCCCCAGAUUUGUGGAGUGGGAGGUGGUGACUCUUUGAAACUUUGAUAUUGGUGUAAAUAUUUUGCAGUUUGUCUGAUUAAACACACACACCUCACCAGAAAACUUG